CGCCUCUGGCCCGGGGCCGGGACGAUGCUGACCCCUUAGAUCCGGCUCCAGCUGCGCCGCGGGAAGAGGGGGCGCCCUCCGCGGACCCCCGCCGCCUUCUGCCGGGUGCCCCCUUUCCGCCUCCCUGUCUCGGGGCCGCUUCGCCGAAGGGAGCGCGGAUCCGGGCACCGGAGCCCGGGCGCCGAGCGAAGAAGCCGGAACAAAGUGAGGGGGAGCCGGCCGGCUGGCCCGGGGUGCCCGGGGACCCCGGGAAACGAGUUGCGCGCCGAGGGGCUGCCCCGGAGCCAGCGCCCCGCGGGCAGCAUGGGAGCGGGGCUGAACUGGCCCUGCCGGGGGCUCAGCCUGCGCCCUAGGGCCCCCCCGGUGUCCUCCCGCCGGGGUCCCCCGGCCGCGUGAGGACCCCUCCUCCGAGGGGCGCCCCUGCCCCUCUCUGAACCCCGGGCCCCGGCCGGCCGAGGAUGGAUGAGGAGGAGGAUGGCGCGGGCGCCGAGGAGUCGGGACAGCCCCGGAGCGCCCUGCAGCUCAACGACCUGUCCGGGGCCGGGGGCCGGCCGGGGCCGGGGUCGGCGGAGAAGGACCCAGGCAGUGCAGACUCUGAGGCCGAGGGGCUGCCGUACCCCGCGCUGGCCCCCGUGGUUUUCUUCUACUUGAGCCAGGACAGCCGCCCGCGGAGCUGGUGCCUCCGCACGGUCUGUAACCCCUGGUUCGAGCGGAUCAGCAUGCUGGUCAUCCUUCUCAACUGUGUGACCCUGGGCAUGUUUCGGCCAUGUGAGGACAUUGCCUGUGACUCCCAGCGCUGCCGGAUCCUGCAGGUGAGUGCCUUUGAUGACUUCAUCUUUGCCUUCUUCGCCGUGGAAAUGGUGGUGAAGAUGGUGGCCUUGGGGAUCUUCGGGAAGAAGUGUUACCUGGGAGACACUUGGAACCGCCUUGACUUUUUCAUCGUCAUCGCAGGGAUGCUGGAGUAUUCGCUGGACCUGCAGAACGUCAGCUUCUCAGCUGUCAGAACAGUUCGUGUGCUGCGACCGCUCAGGGCCAUUAACCGGGUACCCAGCAUGCGCAUCCUUGUCACGCUUCUGCUGGACACCUUGCCCAUGCUGGGCAACGUCCUGCUGCUCUGCUUCUUUGUCUUCUUCAUCUUCGGCAUCGUCGGUGUCCAGCUGUGGGCAGGGCUGCUUCGUAACCGCUGCUUUCUUCCCGAGAAUUUCAGCCUGCCCCUGAGCGUGGACCUGGAGCCCUACUACCAGACGGAGAACGAGGACGAGAGCCCCUUCAUCUGCUCACAGCCGCGAGAGAACGGCAUGCGCUCCUGCAGGAGUGUGCCCACGCUUCGCGGGGAGGGCAGCGGCGGCCCACCCUGCGGCCUGGACUACGAGGCGUACAACAGCUCCAGCAACACCACUUGCGUCAACUGGAACCAGUACUACACCAACUGCUCGGCGGGCGAGCACAACCCCUUCAAGGGCGCCAUCAACUUUGACAACAUCGGCUAUGCCUGGAUCGCCAUCUUUCAGGUCAUCACGCUGGAGGGCUGGGUGGACAUCAUGUACUUUGUGAUGGACGCUCAUUCCUUCUACAACUUCAUCUACUUCAUCCUCCUCAUCAUCGUGGGCUCCUUCUUCAUGAUCAACCUGUGCCUGGUGGUGAUUGCCACACAGUUCUCGGAGACCAAGCAGCGAGAGAGCCAGCUGAUGCGCGAGCAGCGCGUGCGAUUCCUGUCCAACGCCAGCACCCUGGCCAGCUUCUCAGAGCCGGGAAGCUGCUAUGAGGAGCUGCUCAAGUACCUGGUGUACAUCCUUCGCAAGGCAGCCCGCAGACUGGCCCGGCUCUCUCGGGCCGUGGGCGUCCGGGCCGGGCUCCUAAGCAGCCCGGCGCCCCUCGGGGGGCAGGAGCCCCAGCCCAGCAGCAGCUGCUCUCGAGCUCACCGCCGCCUGUCCGUGCACCACCUGGUACACCACCACCACCACCACCACCACCACUAUCACCUGGGCAACGGGGCACUCAGGGCCCCCCGGGCCAGCCCGGAGAUCCAGGACAAGAGUGCCAACGGGUCUCGUCGCUUCGUGCUGCCACCACCCUCAACACCCACCCUCGCCGGGCCUCCUCCUGUGGGUGCGGAGUCUGUGCACAGCUUCUACCAUGCCGAUUGCCACUUGGAGCCAGUCCGCUGCCAGGCACCCCCUCCCAGGUCCCCCUCUGAGGCAUCGGGCAGGACUGUGGAUAGUGGGAAGGUGUACCCCACUGUGCACGCCAGCCCUCCACCAGAGAUGCUGAAGGAGAAGGCGCUUGUGGAGGUGGCGUCCAGCUCUGGGCCCUCUACCCUCGCCAGCCUCAACAUCCCACCUGGGCCCUACAGCUCCAUGCAGAAACUGCUAGAGACACAGAGUACAGGCACCUGCCAAAGCUCCUGCAAGUUCUCCGGCCCUUGCUCAAAGGCGGACAGUGGAGCCUGCGGUCCUGACAGCUGCCCCUACUGUGCCCGGACUAGGGCAGGAGAGCUGGAGCCCGGCGAGCAUGAGAUACCUGACUCUGACAGCGAGGCCGUUUACGAGUUCACACAAGACGCCCAGCACAGCGACCUUCGGGACCCCCACAGCCGGCAGCGACAGAGCCUGGGCACAGACGCAGAGCCCAGCUCUGUGCUGGCCUUCUGGAGGCUAAUCUGUGACACCUUCCAAAAGAUUGUGGACAGCAAGUACUUUGGCCGGGGGAUCAUGAUCGCUAUCCUGGUCAACACCCUCAGCAUGGGCAUCGAGUACCACGAGCAGCCCGAGGAGCUCACCAACGCCCUGGAAAUCAGCAACAUCGUCUUCACCAGCCUCUUUGCCCUGGAGAUGCUGCUGAAGCUGCUUGUGUAUGGCCCCUUCGGUUACAUCAAGAAUCCCUACAACAUCUUCGAUGGUGUCAUCGUUGUCAUCAGCGUGUGGGAGAUCGUGGGCCAGCAAGGGGGUGGCCUGUCAGUGCUGCGGACCUUCCGCCUGAUGCGGGUGCUGAAGCUGGUGCGCUUCCUGCCGGCGCUGCAGCGGCAGCUCGUGGUGCUCAUGAAGACCAUGGACAAUGUGGCCACCUUCUGCAUGCUGCUCAUGCUCUUCAUCUUCAUCUUCAGCAUCCUGGGUAUGCAUCUGUUUGGCUGCAAAUUUGCCUCUGAGCGGGAUGGGGACACACUGCCAGACCGGAAGAAUUUUGACUCCCUGCUCUGGGCCAUUGUCACCGUCUUUCAGAUCCUGACCCAGGAGGACUGGAACAAAGUCCUCUACAACGGCAUGGCCUCCACCUCGUCCUGGGCUGCCCUUUACUUCAUCGCCCUCAUGACCUUUGGCAACUAUGUGCUCUUUAAUCUGCUUGUCGCCAUUCUGGUGGAGGGCUUCCAAGCAGAGGAAAUCAGCAAACGGGAAGAUGCGAGUGGACAGUUAAGCUGUAUUCAGCUGCCUGUCGACUCCCAGGGGGGAGAUGCCACCAAGUCUGAGUCCGAACCCGAUUUCUUCUCACCCAGCGUGGAUGGUGACGGGGAUGGGAAGAAGCGCUUGGCCCUGGUGUCCCUGGGCCAGCACCCGGAGCUGCAUAAGAGCUUGUUGCCGCCGCUCAUCAUCCACACGGCCGCCACCCCCAUGUCGCUGCCCAAGAGCUCCAGCACGGGCCUGGGCGAGGCGCUGGGCUCCGGGUCCUGCCGCACCAGCAGCAGCGGGUCCGCCGAGCCUGGGGCCGCCCACGAGAUGAAGUCACCGCCCAGCACCCGCAGCUCCCCACACAGCCCCUGGAGUGCAGCCAGCAGCUGGACCAGCAGGCGCUCGAGCCGCAACAGCCUGAGCCGAGCCCCGAGCCUGAAGCGCCGCAGCCCCAGCGGGGAGCGGAGGUCUCUGCUUUCUGGUGAGGGCCGGGAAAGCCAGGACGAGGAUGAGAGCUCGGAGGAGGAGCGGGCCAGCCCUGCAGGCAGUGACUGUCGUCCCAGGGGCUCCCUGGAGCGGGAGGCCAAGAGCUCCUUCGACCUGCCAGACACGCUGCAGGUGCCCGGGCUGCACCUCACAGCCAGCGGCCGGAGCUCUGCCUCCGAGCACCAGGACUGCAACGGCAAGUCAGCUUCCGGGCGCCUGGCCCGUGCCCUGCGGCCUGAUGACCCCGCACUGGACGGCGAUGACGGCGAUGACGAGGGCAACCUGAGCAAAGGGGAACGAAUCCGGGCGUGGAUCCGCGCCCGGCUGCCCGCCUGCUGCCGUGAGCGAGACUCCUGGUCAGCCUACAUCUUCCCUCCCCAGUCAAGGUUCCGCCUUCUGUGUCACCGGAUCAUCACCCACAAGAUGUUCGACCAUGUGGUCCUCGUCAUCAUCUUCCUCAACUGCAUCACCAUUGCCAUGGAGCGCCCCAAAAUCGACCCCCACAGCGCUGAACGCAUCUUCCUGACCCUCUCCAACUACAUCUUCACCGCAGUCUUUCUGGCUGAAAUGACAGUGAAGGUGGUGGCGCUGGGCUGGUGCUUCGGGGAGCAGGCAUACCUUCGAAGCAGCUGGAAUGUGCUGGAUGGGCUGCUGGUGCUCAUCUCCGUCAUCGACAUCCUGGUGUCCAUGGUCUCUGACAGCGGCACCAAGAUCCUGGGCAUGUUGAGGGUGCUGCGGCUCCUGCGGACCCUGCGCCCGCUCAGGGUAAUCAGCCGGGCCCAGGGGCUGAAGCUAGUGGUGGAGACGCUGAUGUCCUCCCUGAAGCCCAUCGGCAACAUCGUGGUCAUCUGUUGUGCCUUCUUCAUCAUUUUUGGCAUCCUGGGGGUGCAGCUCUUCAAAGGGAAGUUCUUUGUGUGCCAGGGCGAGGACACCAGGAACAUCACCAACAAGUCGGACUGUGCUGAGGCCAGUUACCGGUGGGUCCGGCACAAGUACAACUUUGACAACCUUGGCCAGGCCCUGAUGUCCCUGUUCGUGCUGGCCUCCAAGGACGGCUGGGUGGAUAUCAUGUACGACGGGUUGGAUGCUGUGGGCGUGGACCAGCAGCCCAUCAUGAACCACAAUCCCUGGAUGCUGCUCUACUUCAUCUCGUUCCUGCUCAUUGUGGCCUUCUUCGUCCUGAACAUGUUUGUGGGUGUGGUGGUGGAGAACUUCCACAAGUGCCGGCAGCACCAGGAGGAGGAGGAGGCGCGGCGGCGAGAGGAGAAGCGGCUGAAGAGACUGGAGAAAAAGAGAAGGAAUCUAAUGCUGGACGAUGUAAUUGCUUCCGGCAGCUCAGCCAGCGCUGCGUCAGAAGCCCAGUGCAAGCCCUACUACUCUGACUACUCCCGCUUCCGGCUCCUUGUCCACCACAUGUGCACCAGCCACUACCUGGACCUCUUCAUCACGGGUGUCAUUGGGCUGAAUGUGGUCACCAUGGCCAUGGAACAUUACCAGCAGCCCCAGAUCCUGGACGAGGCUCUGAAGAUCUGCAACUACAUCUUCACCGUCAUCUUCGUCUUGGAGUCAGUUUUCAAACUGGUGGCCUUUGGCUUCCGCAGGUUCUUCCAGGACAGGGAGCUGUGUCCCGGGCUUUCCAGGUGGAAUCAGCUGGAUCUGGCCAUCGUGCUGCUGUCCAUCAUGGGCAUCACGCUGGAGGAGAUUGAGGUCAACGCCUCACUGCCCAUCAACCCCACCAUCAUCCGCAUCAUGAGGGUGCUGCGCAUCGCCCGAGUGCUGAAGCUGUUGAAGAUGGCCGUGGGCAUGCGGGCGCUGCUUGACACGGUGAUGCAGGCCCUGCCCCAGGUGGGGAACCUGGGACUCCUCUUCAUGCUGUUGUUUUUCAUCUUUGCAGCUCUGGGCGUGGAGCUCUUUGGAGAUCUGGAGUGUGACGAGACACACCCCUGCGAGGGCCUAGGCCGGCAUGCCACCUUCCGGAACUUUGGCAUGGCUUUUCUGACCCUCUUCCGCGUCUCCACAGGCGACAACUGGAAUGGCAUCAUGAAGGACACCCUCCGGGACUGUGACCAGGAGUCCACCUGCUACAACACUGUCAUCUCGCCCAUCUACUUCGUGUCCUUCGUGCUCACGGCCCAGUUUGUGCUGGUCAACGUGGUGAUCGCUGUGCUCAUGAAGCACCUGGAAGAGAGCAACAAGGAAGCCAAGGAAGAGGCUGAGCUGGAGGCGGAGCUGGAGCUGGAGAUGAAGACCCUCAGCCCGCAGGCCCAUUCGCCACUCGGGAGCCCCUUCCUCUGGCCUGGGGUCCAGGGCCCCGACAGCCCUGACAGCCCCAAGUCCAGGGCCCCACAUGAGGCGGCCCACUCCCUUGAGCACCCCACGGACAGACAGCUGUUUGACACCAUCUCCCUGCUGAUCCAGGGCUCCCUGGACGGGGAGCUGAAGCUGAUGGACGAGCUGGCAGGCCCAGGGGGCCAGCCUUCUGCCUUCCCUUCCGCCCCCGGCCCGGGCGGCUCCGACCCACAGAUCCCUCUAGCUGAGAUGGAGGCUCUGUCUCUGACGUCAGAGAUUGUGUCUGAACCGUCCUGCUCUCUAGCUCUGACGGAUGACUCUUUGCCUGAUGACCCUCACACACUCUUACUUAGUGCCCUGGAGAGCAGUAUGGAACCCCACCCUGAGGAGGCUCCCAGCGCGCUGGGACCAAACUUGCUGACUGUGAGGAAGUCCGGGGUCAGCCGGACACACUCUCUGCCCAAUGACAGCUACAUGUGCCGGAAUGGGAGCACGGGCGAGGGGUCCCUGGGACACAGGAGCUGGGGGCUCCCCAAAGCCCAGUCAGGCUCCAUCCUGUCCGUUCACUCCCAGCCUGCAGACACCAGCUACAACCCACAGCUUCCCAAAGAUCCACCCCACAUGCUCCCGCCCCACAGUGCCCCCACCUGGAGCACCAUCCCGAAGCUGCCUCCCCCGGGCCGCUCCCCUUUGGCUCAGAGGCCCCUCAGACGCCAGGCAGCAGUACGGACAGAUUCCUUAGACGUGCAGGGCCUGGGCAGCCAGGAAGACCUGCUGUCCGAGGUGAGCCGGCCCUCCCCGCCUCUGGCCCGCUCCUCGUCCUUCUGGGGCCGCUCAAGUGUGCAGGCGCAGCAGCACUUCCGCAGCCUGAGCAAGGUGUCCAAACACAUCCCACCACCAGCCCCUUGCCUGGGUCCAGAACCCCACUGGAGCAAGGGCCCUCCAGAGACCAGAAGCAGCCUAGAGCUGGACACGGAACUGAGCUGGGUUUCAGGAGACCUCCUGGCCACCGAUGGCCAGGAGGAGCCCGCUUCCCCGCGUGACCUGAAGAAGUGCUACAGCGUGGAGGCCCAGAGCUGCCGGCGCCGGCCAGCGUCCUGGCUGGAUGAGCAGAGGAGACACUCUAUCGCAGUCAGCUCCCUGGACAGCGGCUCCCAGCCCCGCCUGGGACCAGACCCCUCCAGCCUCGGGGGCCAGCCUCUUGGGGGGCCUGGGAGCCGCCCCAAGAAAAAACUCAGCCCGCCCAGUAUCUCCAUAGACCCCCCAGAGAGUCAAGGCCCUCGGCCCCCACCCAGCCCAGGAGUCUGCCUCCGGAGGAGGGCGCCGUCCAGCGACUCCAAGGAUCCCUCAGCCUCUGGUCCUCCCGACAGCAUGGCUGCCUCACCUUCCCCAAAGAAAGACGUGCUGAGUCUCUCUGGUUUGUCCUCCGACCCGGCCGACUUGGACCCCUGAGUUCCGCCCACUGUCCCGCUCACCUUCUCCACUGGGUGCAAUUCCUAGCCCUCCUCCUGGGCCGUGCGUAUUCCUGAAAAAGUCCCACGUAGACACCAAGGAGGCAGCCCUCCCUGCCUCCGCCGCCCUAGACACCUGAAGGUGGGCCCUCCGGAGGAUCCAAAGCCGCAGCCCCGGGGACUCGGGCUCCAGGCAGAGAGAGACAGAGACAGAGAACGGCCCAGUAGCGGCCGAGUUUCCAACACCAGAAGCUGUUGGGAGAAAGCAAUACGUUUGUGCAGAAUCUCUAUGUAUAUUCUAUUUUAUUAAAUUAAUUGAAUCUAGUAUAUGCGGGAUGUACGACAUUUUGUGACUGAAGACACUUGUUCCCUUCCACUUGUAUGUGUCUCAGAAUAUUUUUGAGGCGAAGGCGUCUGUCUGUUGGCUAUUUUAACCUAAAACAACCAGUCUAGUUAUAUCCCCUCUUCUUGCAAAAAAGCACAAGCUGGGACCGAGAGUGCAUUGCAGCCCAACAGUGACCCACCUUCGGCGCAGAGCAAGAACCAUUUUGGAAACUGUAAUGUAAUUUAUUUUCUCUCCUUUAACCUCGUCAUCGUUUUCUGUAGGGGGUAAAAAAAAAAAAA